AUUGCACCAGAAUUGCUUCGUAAUGUUGCUGGGAUUUACGUAGAGCAUACCAAUCGUUUUUUCACUUUGGUUUCUUCUAACAAUAUUGGUGAUACUGUUGAUCUGGAAACUUCUUUGUCGGCCUUGAAAUGCAUACGACGUCUGGUAGUUUAUGGAUUUAAAGAUAUUAGCAAAGUUGAUGAAACGAAGCUUAUUGAUGCACAUAUCACACUGAUGGGAAAAUUUUAUAUCGAACUGUUAAAAACACAUCCUAUUUCUUUUAUAAUGACGCCAGGGUCUGUAGAUGUUAUUCAAUAUUACUGGAAAUUACUGGUAACUUACGGAAAAUCCAAUGAAGAUUCCAAAGAUCUGCAAGUAUCUGAAGCAAUGAGAGUCGUGGAUGAGCAAAUAUUAACACCCAAUUUUGUUGAGUCAUGUGCUGAAUUAUUGAUCUCAAAUUUGAUUAUUUUAAGAAAGGAUGAUUUAAUAAUGUGGGAAGAGGACCCAGAAGGGUGGAUUAAUUAUGAUGAGUCCGACCAUUGGGAGCAUCAAUUACGGGUAUGA